UCUACUUGAUAGAUUUGAAUAAAAAGAAAAUUCCUUGAUUUUUUUUUGUUUGAGUCUCACAUACAUAUUUCGAAAAUAAAAAUGAAAUUGAAUUUCGCUCAAACACUUUUCAAAAUCGGUUUUGUCAAUGAUUUACCGUUUUUUUCAUUCAAUCCAACAAAUCCCAAUGAAUCCUAUGGAAUGGAUGGAAAAUUAUUCAAAACAUUGUCUAACCAUUUUAAUUUCACCAUUCAAUAUGUUGCUUGCCAAAGUUUUGGUAUACAAAAUAUUUUGGGUAAUUGGUCCGGUAUUGUAGGAAAAAUUAUUGAAGAGGAAAUCGAUUUUGGUGUUGGGGGUGUUGUGAUGAAUCACGAACGAAUAUUAGUUAUACCAUUUCUAGAUACUUAUUGGAUGGAUCGAUUGGCGUUUGCUAUUCGGAAACAGCAACCACAUCUCGAUUUUGAUAUCCUACUUAGGCCAUUUGAACUCGAUGUUUGGCUAUGUUUAUUAGCCACUUUUCUCUUGUUUUUUAUUUUUGAUAAUUUGAUGAAUCGUUUGUUUCCUCCAAAAUCUUCACUGCCAACUGGUCAUCAAAUUGAUAGUUUAGAUAAUCUUUGUUGGAUAGAUUUCUGCCUAUUAUGUCGACAACCUUAUCCAUGGCUGGCCAGAUUGAGAUUAUCAACAAAAAUCUGUACAAUAAUUUUCAUUUUUUCGAUUUCAGUACUUUCAAACAAUUACGGUGGUGGCCUUUGUUCUUUGUUAGCCGUACCGGCUAGUGUAUCCAUAGAUAAUAUAGAUAAAUUAGCCGAUGCUUGUCGCUCCCAUCGCAUUAUACCAUUGAGCUUAGAUGCUGGAUAUUUCCAAAAGAUGAAGGACACAAACAUCUAUUCGUUUCGGGAAAUUUCUCAGACCAUUCAGUCUGCAAAAAAUCGUGAAGAGGCCAUUAUGAAGAUUUUGAAUAAUUCAGGCAGUGAACAACAGCAAUAUGCUUUCCUUUAUCCUCGAGAACGUCUUCGAUUUUCGCAGCUAAGAGCGGGUAAAGAUUUGUUAUACGUUUCACCGGAUACAGAAGAAGCAUCAUUUUUCCCGUUGCACAUUUCGAUUCCUACUCGACCAACCUUCAAAUAUCGGAAAGAAUUUUCUCGAAUAAUUCAACAGAUCCAAUUUGCUGGUUUACUUAAACGAUGGAGAAAUCUAGAAAUUAUUCGAAUAACACUGAAAAAAACAAAUCAAAAUACAUUGGAACCGGAAUCUGAUUCGUUAACUGAAAAUAAGAUUAAAGUUAUCAAAAAAUUUAACUUGCAAAAUCUUCAAUCAAUAUUCUAUGUUUAUUUUAUUUGGAUGAGCAUAGCUGUCAUUUCUUUAAUCAUGGAAAUCAGUGUGAGAUAUCUAUCCAUUUUUAUGAUCCUUUCAUGA